ACACACACACACACACACACACACACACACACACAUGGGCUCUGAACAACCCACUGCCCAGCGCUGGGCCGCCCUCGCCCGCGACACCAACGAGACCAAGAUCCAGCUCGCCCUCAACCUCGACGGCGGCGCCUUCCCGCCCGACACGGACUCGCGGCUGCUCUCGAGCGCCGACGACAGCCACGCCAGCCAGGCCAGCAAGUCGCAGACCAUCAGCGUCAACACCGGCAUCGGCUUCCUCGACCACAUGCUCCACGCCCUCGCCAAGCACGCCGGCUGGAGUCUGGCCAUUGCCUGCAAGGGCGACCUGCACAUCGACGACCACCACACCGCCGAAGACGUCUGCAUCGCCCUCGGCUACGCCUUUGCCACCGCGCUCGGCAGCGCCACGGGCCUCGCCCGCUUCGGCCACGCCUACUGCCCGCUCGACGAGGCCCUCUCCCGCGCCGUCGUCGACCUCUCCAACCGCCCCUACAGCGUCAUCGACCUGGGCCUCCGCCGCGAAAAGAUUGGCGACCUCAGCUGCGAGAUGAUCCCCCACUGCCUGCAGAGCUUCGCCCAGGCCGGCCGCAUCACCCUCCACGUCGACUGCCUCCGGGGCGACAACGACCACCACCGCGCCGAGAGCGCGUUCAAGGCCCUCGCCGUCGCCGUGCGGCAUGCCACCACCCGGGUAAAGGGCAGGGAGGGCGAAGUGCCUAGUACCAAGGGGACUUUGAGCGUUUGAUUUUUCUCUGUUUGUACUUGAACCCUGUGGCCUGAAUGUGUGCGCGUGUAGGUUGUGCAUGAAAAAAAAAACCGACGAAAGAGGCUUGUACAAAAUAAGACAGGGAAGGACAAAAAAAUACACAACAAAUCACAACAAGUAAAGAGUUUGAACGUCAAGAGAUUCUCAUCCGCGUGCUCCAUAUGCU